GAGCUCUUUGUCGUCACGUCAUCCUGAGACGCGCGGCGCGCCAUCGCCGACGAGAGAUCGUCGAAUCGUUUAUGCCACGCUAAACGUCUCGUUUCGCGGUGAUUUCCCCAGCCACGCGCUCCACGCGGCGAACAGUUUCUAUCGGGCCAGGAUUUUAUUUCUAUAGGGCCCAGUUUGCCAGAGGAUUUUCCACCAAACGGACGACGAAUUUAAAAAAAAAAAAAUUCAGUGAAGUGUUUUUGGUGAAUGGAUCGACGGGUAGGUGUGACGAUCGAAGGAACCGGAUGUCCUGAGAUGAACACGGAGCUGUGAUCCGUGAACGGACGCGUAUGAGUGUGUAAUCGCUGAAACAGAACACGGAGACAUCAUGAGAAGUGUCGCAAGACAUCGAGAAGCGCGUCCUACCAUCGCCGUGUCGCUUUUCAUCGUGUUCGCCGUUUUCGUGACCGGCGUUCGUGGACUUAGCAAUGUAUCCAUCGAUAUUCCAUUGGCUGUAGCAGCUGGCACGACCGUCAAUAUGAGCUGCAGAUACGAUCUACAAUCAGACACUUUGUACACAGUGAAAUGGUACAAGGGCUCUGAAUUUUUUCGAUACAUUCCCAAAGAAAUGCCAUCGAUUACUGUUUUCGGAGAUUUGGGUGCCAAAGUUGUUAAAAAUCAAAGCGAUGCCCACCACGUAGUUAUAAAGGAUGUACAGCCAAAUUAUAGCGGCAAAUACCGUUGCGAGGUCUCCGGUGAUUUGCCUUCGUUUAAUACUGUAAGAGUUUCUGGUUACAUGCACGUGGCCAGUCUUCCAAAGGAUGUUCCCAAAGUAAAAGUCGAGAAGACACGUUACGCGGUCGGUGACACUGUGCGUGCAAACUGCACUGUUCCUUCGGGGAAUCCGCCAGCAAAUGUGACGUGGACUGUCAAUGGAGUACCGGUGAACGCUAGUUACAUGAUAAAUGUGACGGACAAGCUUGGUGACAAUCAACAGCUAAUGACUAUCGCAGGACUGGAUUUCGAAAUUAUACCAGAUAGUUUCAGUUACGGCAAAUUGCAUGUGAUUUGUCAUGCUAACGUCUUUCAUUUGUAUAAAGAACAGGCCGAUGUUGUUUUGAACGAGGAACGUCCACGUUUGGCAUCUGUCCUAGGAACUCGGGAAUCUUCUUAUAUUGGAAGCGCAACAAAACACAUGGAAGGAUGGUUCUACUUUAAUGUUGCAGUCACGCUGUUGCUGUGCAAUUUGAGAUAACAUCAAUGACCUCGCCAUUGACAUUUUACGGAUAUGAUUGUAUCAGAAUGGAGAGGGCAAAUUGUUUGUAAAAUUUUGAAAUUAUUAAGUGCAACGAAGGAAGGGAGAUAAUCUUUCGUUAACAUAAAUAUCGACCGUAUGUUAUUCGUGUAAAUAGGAUAAAAAUUUAGCGAAUUAUCUACGUGUAAUUGCGAUCUACGCUGCCUCGUUGCAGCAAGAUGAAUUUAUAAUCUGAAUAACAUGUCACCAAUAUUAUGUAUUAGAUUGAAGGUAUGUCGCGUCAAAUA